GGCGACUACCAGUCUUCUCCCCUCAUCAACCUCCGCCCUCAGCAAACCUCGACCCCUCUGUCCGCCCUCCAUCAUAUGCGGCUCACACCGUUCGCGCUGUCCCGCCGUCAAGCAUGGUCACCCCCAUGCUGACGCCAUUCGUGCACUUGAUCGGGCCACCUCCCGACGUCGCGCUCGAUUCCCGUACCUCAGGCAACCUCGGCCUCCUCGUUCGUAGUAGGUGCCGCACAAACGCCAUCCUCCGACACCGCUCUUCUGUUCCCCGUCCCCAUGCUCGCCGUCCUCUCCCUCGACGACCUCUCGCCCUAACGCUGCAGCCAUGGCGUCCGCAGUUGCUCGCCUCCGCCGCACGCAAGCACUCCCUCGCAUCCUCCUUCGCCGCGUCCUCGUUUAGCCGUGCCAUGACAUACCUCCCCACUGCCGCCAUGCCAUGAUGUCCGCCCUUUCUAGCGGCGACCCGCAACAUCCGCCGACCGCAACAUUCGUCAAGCCGCUGGGACAGACACCCUGGUGUCAUUCCCUUAUAGAAGGCGAAGGCGAAAGAGCCGUCGACAAAGCCGCUCUCCCCCGACGCGGCGUCGCCGCAAGUAGCAGCGCGCCCGCGGCCCGCUCCGAAAGCCGAGCGGCGCAAGCCCACCAUCAAACCGACCGAAGCUCUCACACCCGGCGCUGUGCAGCGGCUCCGUGUACUGCUCAAGCGACCCGCACUCCAGCUCAUACGAAUAGGCGUGCGGAACAAGGGCUCUCGUACCAGCUCCAGUACGUCGGCAAGCCGGGCAAGUUCGACGAGGUCGUUGGGCAGGACGGCGUGAAGGUCCUCAUCGACAGCAAAGCGCUCUUCUCCAUCAUCGGCAGCGAGAUGGACUAGCACGAGGGCGCACUGAGCGCGAAGCUCGCGUUCAAGAACCCGAGCAUCAAGGACGCGUGCGGGUGCGGAGAGUCGUUCAGCGUCGGUUCG